AUGGACAGUAGACCUGAUGAACAGCAGAGAGGUAUCACCAUGAAGAGCAGUAGUAUUGCUCUAUACCAUGCUUUAGAAGGAAAAGAAUAUCUUGUUAAUCUCAUAGAUUCCCCUGGACAUAUUGAUUUUUCUGGAGAAGUAUCCACAGCAGUACGAUUAUGUGAUGGAGCUAUUGUUGUGGUGGACGUUGUUGAAGGAGUUUGUCCUCAAACAAGACUUGCCCUUAAACAAGCAUAUUCAGAAAACCUUAAGGCGGUGCUAGUUCUGAACAAAAUUGACAGACUCAUUUUAGAAAUGCAAAUGAAUGCUUUAGAUGCAUAUAUACAUAUCAACCAAGUGCUUGAACAGGUCAAUGCUGUUAUGGGAGAAUUGUUUGCAUCUGAUAUAUUGAAAACUGAGGAAACUCAAAUUGACAAACAGCAGCAAAAACAGAACAUUGCAGGACCUGUACCUAAUGAAGAUAAUAAUUAUUAUGAUUGGACAUCGGCUUUAGAAGAUGCAGAUGAUUCUAGACUAUAUUUCUCACCCGAACAAGGGAAUGUUGUUUUCGCCAGCGCUUUUGACGGAUGGGGUUUUACAAUAGAAACAUUCGCCAAAUUAUUUUCUGAAAAACUUGGCGUAAAAGAAGAAAUUCUGAAGAAAGUCCUUUGGGGUGACUUCUACCUUAAUCCGAAAACAAAGCGUUUCAUGAAGGGAGCCCAGGAGAAGGCAAAGAAGCCGUUGUUCGUGCAAGUCAUCUUCGACAACCUGUGGAACGUUUACGAAACGAUCGUGUUCAGAAACGAAAGGGACAAGGUGGCGAUGAUAUCCGCGAAGCUCGGAAUUCGCAUGACGGCGCGCGAUCUGAGGCACACCAACGGCAGGAUACAGCUGCAGUCCCUGAUGAUGCAGUGGCUGCCGCUGGCGCACGUGGUGCUGGACAUGGUGUGCAAGGAGCUGCCCUCGCCGAAGGAGAUACCGCCCGGGAAGGUGGAGAAGCUGCUGUGCCCGCGGAUCCGCGACUUCGACUCGUACCACCCGGAGACGAAGCGGCUCAAGGACGACUUCCUGGCGUGCGACAGCGGCGACGACAGGCCGCUGAUAGUCUUCGUGUCGAAGAUGAUGAGCGUCGAGAAGAGCCUCCUACCGGCGAACAGGCCCAGGCCCCUGACGCAGGAGGAGAUGGCGCAGAGGAGGGAGCGCGCCAGGCAGCUGCGCGAGGAAGUGAAGAGGCAGCUCGUGCAACUGGACAGUUCGUUCGCGAACGAAGUCGUCACCGACGACUACGAGGGCAUCGACCCGCGUCUACUGGACCCCAGUCUAUGCGAGCCGGCGUUCAUCGCCUUCGCGAGGGUCUUCAGCGGCAGGGUGAGGAGGGGCGACAAGGUGUACGUCCUCAGUCCGAAACACGACCCGGUCAGGGCGCUCGACACGCCGCACCUGCAGAUCGAUCCCAACAAGAAGUUGAAGGACCUACGAAGCGACGAACACAUAACUGUCGCCGAGAUCGAUAAGUUAUACAUUCUAAUGGGACGAGAGCUGGAGGAAAUCGAGGAGGCUGUCGCGGGAAAUAUAAUAGGCAUAGGCGGCCUCGAAGAGCACAUUUUGAAAACGGCAACACUGAGCAGCACUAUAUCUUGCCCUGCUUUUAGCGAAAUUCAAUACGCUGCUGUUCCGAUAUUGAGGGUUGCCAUAGAACCCUAUUAUCCCGCGCAACUGCCGCAACUCGUCAAAGGGCUCAAAUUGUUGAAUCAAUCCGAUCCUUGCGUCCAAGUAGUGCUGCAAGAGACUGGUGAGCACGUGCUGGUGACAGCAGGCGAAGUGCAUCUGCAGAGGUGUUUGGAAGACUUGAAGAGUACGUAUGCAAAAAUACCUUUAAGUGUUUCCGAACCGCUAGUACCGUUCAGAGAAACCAUAGUCGAACCACCGAAAGUCGACAUGGCUAACGAAGAAAUUGACUGCCAGAAUGUAGACAAAGGCGGAAGUUCUCCCCAAGAUCCGGCCAUAACCGUAUAUACAAGCAAUAAACAAAGUAAAAUCAAAAUAACGGCCAAACCUAUGCCCAGAGAAAUUACGGAUCUUCUGGAUAAAUCCGCCGAUUUGCUUAAAGUCAUUUCGCAGCAUAUAAAGACGCUGCAAGGCGUGUCCAAAAACGAUAAUCUCGAAAGCAAAUUAGAGAGAUUGGAAGUCGACGGAUCAAAGAAUCAACUGUCGGAACGAGUUCUGCAGCUGUUAGAAAAUUUCAAAGGCGAACUCCAAGUGAUUUGCGCGAAACUGAGCCCCGAAUGGGGUAACCUGAUCGAUCAGAUUUGGUCCGUGGGCCCGAGGAACUGCGGUGCAAAUUUGCUGCUCAACCAAACCACCGACUACCAGACGAAGUACCUCCUCCUCGAUAAAGAGAUAGCGGAAGACCCGAGGUUCGAAUACGAGAGCAGUUUCGUGAAUGGAUUCCAAAUGGCCACGUUAGCUGGGCCGCUCUGCGAAGAGCCAAUGAUGGGCGUCGCUUUUUGCGUCGAAGAAUGGACACUGGAUAAAGACAGCACUGAAGAUACAAGUCACACCUUCGGCCCUCUUUCAGGUCAGAUUAUGUCGGCUGUGAAAGAAGCUUGCAGGAAAGCAUUCCAAGUUCGGCCUCAGCGCCUGAUGACUGCGAUGUACUUCUGCGAUAUUGUUGUGGACCAGAAAGCGUUGGUGCAUGACGACAGCUUGGUCGCCUGUCACGUU